GCCGAACCACUGCAUUAUGGGUAAAAUCGAGCAUUGCAUCAGAAAGCAUGGCCGGGGACGAGCAGCCGAAGAGUCAACAACCACAUCUUUCCAAACAAGAUUUGUCCACUUUGGAUGUUAGCAAAUUAACACCCCUCACACAUGACGUAAUAAGUCGCCAGGCCACAAUCAACAUAGGUACAAUUGGCCAUGUGGCUCAUGGAAAAUCCACAGUUGUGAAGGCAAUCUCAGGAGUUCAGACUGUGCGAUUCAAAAAUGAAUUAGAGAGGAAUAUCACCAUCAAAUUGGGAUAUGCGAAUGCAAAGAUAUAUAAGUGUGAUAACACUUCCUGUCCCAGACCAGAUUGUUACAAAUCCUGUGGCAGUAACACACCUGAUGUGUUCCCCUGUGACAGGACAGGAUGCUCGGGCAGAUUCAGACUGCUCAGACAUGUGUCCUUUGUGGACUGCCCUGGUCAUGACAUUCUUAUGGCUACCAUGUUGAAUGGAGCAGCUGUUAUGGAUGCAGCGUUGUUGUUGAUAGCUGGCAACGAAUCUUGUCCUCAACCCCAGACCUCAGAACAUCUGGCAGCUAUAGAAAUCAUGAAGCUUAAGCACAUCCUCAUUUUACAGAAUAAAAUAGAUUUGGUCAAGGAAAGUCAGGCCAAAGAGCAGUAUGAUCAGAUACUGAAGUUUGUUCAAGGCACAGUUGCUGAAGGUGCACCUAUUGUUCCAAUAUCUGCUCAGUUGAAGUACAAUAUAGACGUCAUAUGUGAAUACAUAGAGAAGAAAAUCCCUGUUCCUAUUAGAGACUUUUCCUCAGAGCCCAGGUUAAUAGUUAUCCGAUCAUUUGAUGUGAACAAGCCUGGGUCAGAGGUAGAGGAGUUGAAAGGAGGUGUGGCUGGAGGAAGUAUCCUGAAGGGGGUGCUGCGAGUGGGACAGGAGAUCGAGGUUCGACCGGGUAUUGUGUCGCGUGACCAGGAGGGCAAGCUCUCCUGUAAACCCAUCUACUCCAGGAUUGUCUCCCUUUUUGCUGAGCAGAAUGAUCUUCAGUAUGCUGUGCCAGGGGGUCUUAUUGGUGUGGGCACAAAGAUUGACCCCACCCUUUGUCGUGCUGACCGUAUGGUAGGACAGGUUCUAGGGGCAGUGGGAGCUCUGCCAGAUAUUUACACAGAGCUGGAAAUCUCUUACUUUCUCCUCAGGAGACUGCUGGGAGUGAGGACAGAGGGCGACAAAAAGGGGGCAAAGGUACAAAAACUGUCAAAGAAUGAAAUUUUGAUGGUGAACAUUGGAUCAUUAUCCACUGGUGGGCGUGUGCUAGCUGUGAAGGCUGAUUUGGCAAAGAUUGGUCUGACAACGCCAGUGUGCACAGAAAUUGGGGAGAAGAUUGCCCUGAGCAGGAGGGUGGAAAAACAUUGGAGAUUGAUUGGAUGGGGACAGAUUCGCCGUGGAGUGACUGUUAAGCCUGCCGGGCCGGACGAGUGAUCUCAGGCUACAAAAAGAAAUAAAAACAAGUAUAAUUUAAGUACAUUUUAAUCAGUACUCAACAUGUUAAAGGAACAACAGGACAGCUCUUUAUGUUUAGUGUACAUGUAAUUGUACAAUUAACAAAUUCUCUUAAGUACCUAUUGGUCAGUUUCACUAUCAGGGGAACGUGUUAACUGUAAACUACAAAGCAGUCUUCCCCCAAGACGAUGCAGCUGCAUCUUGCAAUCCUCACUGCAAAGAAGGAAAAAAAGAGCCACUAUCCUUGUGUGGCUUCUGGGGAGUGUUUGUUAUCUAGGUUCUAUCCAUGAAAUGUCUGCAAAAUCAAUCUGACUUUUGAGUUAAUCCACACAAAUAAGUGUUACGGAAAACACAGAUACGUGUUGAAGUGAAACUUGUAAUCUGCCUUUUUUUUUUUGAAGGCAUAUCUUGAUUAUGAAGGAGACCUCAGAAAUAAAAUUUCU